AUGGCAAAACUAUUCGCUACUACGCUGAUGGGGAAAGCACAGGAGUGGUUCACCAAUUUGCCCCGGGGAAGCAUUGACUUGCACGAACAGCUCAUCCAGAAAUUCUCCUUUCAUUUUGCGAGCAGGAGGAAGCAGAAGAGAUCAGCCAUCCAUCUCUUUACUAUACGGCAGGGGGAAGAGGAGACGUUGAAAAGUUUCAUGGGCAGAUUCAACAAUGAGAUGAUAGAGAUCGAGGACCUGCACAUUGAUAUGAUGGUCAGUAUCUUGAUCCAUGGACUGAAGAAAGGCCCGUUCGCAUCCGCACUCGCGCGUGACCCGCCAGGCGAUGCGGAGCAGCUGAUGGGUUUAGCCCAAAAAUAUAUAGACGAGGAAGAGAUGAACGCGAUGAAGGACUCUGAACAAAGAGAACGCGAGCAGUUGUUUAGACGAUCAUACGAUACCAGAGAGAGUGGAGGGAGUAAGCCAAAACAAGACAAGCCCAAGGAGCCAAAGUAUCAGCCCAAAUACCACAAUUACACUCCGUUGCCUAUGUCAUGGGAGAAGGCAUUAAUGAUGGUCGAGAAUGCUGAUAUUCUCAAAUUGCCGAGGCACACCAGGUAUACUCCCUCCAAGAAGUUUUCUAAUAAAUAUUGCAGGUUCCACAGGGAGAGAGGACAUAACACGGAGGAGUGCUUUCAACUCAAAUAUGAGAUAGAGAAGCUGGUGAGACAAGGAUACUUCUGGGAUCGAGGCCCCCCGAAUUGCAAGAUUAGCAAAGACGAGACAAGGAGGAGGAGGUCGAGGAGUCGGGAUCGAAAUCCCGGACCUGUAAGGACAACCAAGGCCCAGCCCACCGGAAACAACGCACCGACCAAAGGGGUGAUUUUUACACUAUUGCAGGGGGUUCCAGCUCGGGAAAUUCGAGCAGGGCCCGGAAAAGAUGUGCUAGAACCCUAA